AGGGAAGCUCAAACGAAAGACAUGUUUACGAGUACGUGAUAAGAAGCCAGAAACCGAGGAGGCAAGAAGACCGAAAUACCUGUACAUGUUAUACAAAGUAGGCGAUAAAUCUUUUGGGGACAGACUCUUAUCAUAUUUUCCUAUACACGUUUGAUUGGUUUAUUGUUAAAAGGACAAAAUGGGUUGCUGGUUCUCCAAAAAAUCCAAGAGAAAAUCACCCGAAAAGGAACCUACUCCGAAAACGGUGGAAGAUAAGGCGAACAGCAGCAACGCCAACAACAUUGACCUCUGCAGCAAUACAACAGAGGACCCACCUAAACAAUACAGCUGGGACAAACGUGAAAAGGUUGAUCCUAAGGACUUCAUGCUAACAGGGCUGAAGAAUGCCACGGUGGGCCGUCUGCCAGGCAAGCUGAACGGACAGCAGUUUGUCAUCCAGGACUGUGACAACUGUAAGAUCUUCGUGUUGGACCACUCUGCCACCAUCACCAUCGACGACUGCACUAACUGCUGCAUCGUUAUGGGGCCAGUGAAGGGCAGUGUGUUCUUCAGGGACUGUAAGGACAUCAAGUGUGUGGUGGCCUGCCAGCAGUUCAGGACCAGGGACUGUCAGAAGAUGGAGGUGUUCCUGUGUUGCGCCACUCAGCCCAUCAUCGAGGCGUCCACGGGAAUGAAGUUCGGCUGCUUCCAGUACUACUACCCCGAGCUGGCCUUCCACUUCAAGGACGCAGGCCUCAGCAUCUUCAACAACAACUGGAGCAACGUCCAUGACUUCACGCCCGUCUCAGGGGAGACCAAUUGGAGCCUGCUGCCUGAGGACACUGUGGUGUUGGACCAUGUUCCAGCCCCUGACCCGGAGUCAGAGUUUAAAUCAGUCCGGAUCUCAGCUGAGGCAUCCCGCAGCAUCGUGCCCAUGACCAAAGGAGGCAGACGCAAGGAGAGUGACGAGUCCUGUCUGUUUGUGUUCUUCUCUGGGGACUACACCACUGCUAACGCCCGGAAACUCAUUGAUGAGUUGUCUGUGUGCAGAGGGUCCCUGGUUCGAGCCCGGGGCGAGGAGAGGGACGGAAGCAAUACUGUUACACAGGCCUACUGUCUCUUUCAUAACAAGGCCUCUGGGAAAGGGUUUGUGCUGAUACAGACUAAGGAAGUGUCCAUGCGCCCCGAGGACGUCAGCAGAGUGUUCCAGAAUGAUGCAGAGGGACUCCUCGAGUGGAUCACCAACGGCCCAGUGACAGCUCUGGAGUUGAAUGGGGACGGGGUAGUGGAGGCCUGCAAGAGCAUGGCCAGUGACAUGUUCAGUGGAACCAAGGUGUUUGUUUCAGACAACAGAAAUACUUCCUCUCGAGAUGUGGACAACUUCUUCAACUUCGCUGACAUGCAGAUGGGCUUGUGAUUGAGUCACUGUAUGACAAUCAACUUACUACACAACCAAGGACUUUUUUGUUAUAUUUUUUUAUACUAGUAGGUAGCGGAGAAGGACAGGUUAAUCAUCAGAAUGAUGGUAGGUAGUUGAGAAGGACAGGUUAAUCAACAUAGUGAUGGUAGGUAGUUGAGAAGGACAGGUUAAUCAACAUAGUGAUGGUAGGUAGCGGAGAAGGACAGGUUAAUCAACAUAGUGAUGGUAGGUAGCGGAGAAGGACAGGUUAAUCAUCAUAGUGAUGGUAGGUAGCGGAGAAGGACAGGUUAUUCAACAUAGUGAUGGUAGGUAGCGGAGAAGGACAGGUUAUUCAUCAGAAUGAUGGUAGGUAGCGGAGAAGGACAGGUUAUUCAUCAGAAUGAUGGUAGGUAGUUGAGAAGGACAGGUUAAUCAUCAGAAUGAUGGUAGGUAGUUGAGAAGGACAGGUUAAUCAACAUAGUGAUGGUAGGUAGCGGAGAAGGACAGGUUAUUCAUCAGAAUGAUGGUAGGUAGCGGAGAAGGACAGGUUAAUCAACGUAGUGAUGGUAGGUAGCGGAGAAGGACAGGUUAAUCAACAUAGUGAUGGUAGGUAGCGGAGAAGGACAGGUUAAUCAUCAUAGUGAUGGUAGGUAGCGGAGAAGGACAGGUUAAUCAACGUAGUGAUGGUAGGUAGCGGAGAAGGACAGGUUAAUCAACGUAGUGAUGGUAGGUAGCCGAGAAGGACAGGUUAAUCAACAUAGUGAUGGUAGGUAGCGGAGAAGGACAGGUUAAUCAACAUAGUGGAGAAGGACAGGUUCAUUAGUUAUAACGAGCAGCCAGGGGGGAAACGCUGUAUUAGUUAUUUGGCUAUUUGAAUUUCUUGAAAUUCAAGAAAGUAUUCUCUUGUUUAUAUUGUGUAUAUUUUGGUCUUUGCUGUUCUGUUAGGUAAUUUUGGUGUGUGUGUGUGUGUGUGUGUGUGUGUGUGUGUGUGUGUAACACACAUUGAAACCAUUGUGGUGAAUGAUCGGUGUAGAGUGAAAUUGCCCAUAGAUUCUGAUCUUGAAUCAGUUUUGCAUUUCCCCCACUGUUUUAUGUUAGGAUUUGUGGAGGUGAAGAGCUGAUCCAAGAUCUGUUCCUAGGAGAAACUUUACCCCGUACAUCAUGUGUUUUCUCUUCUGUAUUUGUUAGGGUCCUUGCUAUUUGGGGUGCUUGGGACGUCCCAACUCUGUCAUCCCAUUCAAGUUGAAAUUUAAACUAGUCUAGGUAAGGGUUAAGGUUCGGUUCGAGGUUAAGGGCUCAGACACAGCAGUAGUGUUUUCUGGUCCAGAGUACUUGGCCUCUCUGAAUGUAAUUUGUGAACCGAGUGCGCACAGAUUUUACAUGUCGAAUCAGGUGAAAUGUGUCUGUGGUCAGAUGUCUAUAAAGGUCCCUAAACCACAGUGCGCUGAACGAUCGACAGACCAACGCUAAAUCCCCAUUCGGUGCCAUAUAUGCAAGCCUUUCAAGUUAGGUUUAGGGUAGGGACGUCCCAACCAUUCCGAUAGCACUAACCCAUUAGUUUGUGUGUUUGGUUGAGCAGCAAGACACCGGGACUUCCUUAGUGGUUACCUGAGUUACCUGUGUUGUUUCCAGACACGUUGUCAGGGUGAUACUGGUGUAAAUAGCUGAUUGGACAAUGCUGUGAUUGAGUACAGGGGUGUAUUCACUAGGAAAUUAACAGAAGCAAGCGGGACAAAAUGGGGAGGAGACCUACCUAAAAAAUGUUUUGCUACAGUUGGUGUGCACAAAUAGACACCUCAACACUUUGGUUACACCAAUGUAGACUACACCUAUUAUGUAAAUAAUUAUUUCACAUAUUUUAGUUAAUGUAUUAUUUUGGGGGGGUGAAUUAAAUAAAUGUUAUUAGAAAGCAUUUAGAAUGUAUUGAAGACAGGAAGAGAUGUGGUAAUGUUGUUUUCUAUGGGACCAGACAGGAAGAGAGGUGGUAAUGUUGUUUUCUAUGGGACCAGACAGGAAGAGAUGGUAAUGUUGUUUUCUAUGGGACAGAACCUCAUCCCUGUGAUGAAAUUCCUGCUUCUCAAAUGGCGCCCUAGUCCUCUACUAUUGACCAGGGUAGUGCACUAUAAAAGGACUAUGGUGCCGUUUGGGAAGCACGGUAGACUUUAACAUUUUGUAUUUGUUGAAGGAAUGAUCUGAUUGGGACUUUGUAUUGCUAAAUGUUUCCUAUUGUAUCUCUGUAGAAUCAAAUGAACAUGUCAUUACUAAUAUAUUAAAGAUCCAUUUGUA